GUGUGCUACAACUUCCAACUGUGACGGGCUUUGUUCUGAUCUUACCUCCCGUCUCUUCGACACCUCACCGACAUCACUCACACCCAUACCCGUCUCCACUCCCUCAUCGCCGCCAUCAUCGACGCCGCCGCCAUGUCGAACCGUGCAAUGGUACCACUGCUAGUGACCAUGAUGCUUGUUACGGGAGUCUGCAACACUCUCCUCACCAAAUACCAGGACAUGCAGUGCGUGAGAGACUGCGAUACCGACCGCCCCAAGAUGUUCGAGCAGCCCGUGAUACAAACGCUGCAGAUGUUCGUCGGGGAGAGCGGUUGUUGGAUCGUUGUUUUCGUGGGCUACCUCUAUCGCCUGCUGCGAAAUUCCGACGGCACCACGCCCAAUGGCGAAGUUGCCUACGAGUCUGUAAGAGCGAGCGAUACGAUGGACGACGGCAGCGACGCCGAGAAUGACGACGAUGACGACGACGAUGGGGAGGUCAAUACUGCACUUACGUCUUCUCAGACGCUCGUGGAUCCCACAAACAUCAUCGCAAAGCCUGUCUUUGAUGCUGAACAUAGACAACGAGUCCCAUUGCAGGGCUGGAAAGUGGUUCUCCUUGCGGCGCCAGCGAUUUGCGACAUCUGUGGCACCACUCUGAUGAACGUAGGCCUAUUGUUUGUGGCAGCGUCCAUCUACCAAAUGACCCGCGGAGCUCUUGUGCUGUUUGUUGGACUGCUCAGUGUCCUCUUCUUGAAGCGUCACCUGGGUGGCUGGAAAUGGGCAAGCUUGUUCAUAGUUGUGCUUGGUGUCGCUGUGGUUGGGCUGGCCGGAGUCCUCGACCAGCAGCAUUCCGCUCAGCCUCAACCCGGUGCUACUGACACCGGAUCCAAGAAUGACCUCGCCAAGACCGCUCUCCGCAUACGUGGGGCGGCAUCGACUCUCGAAGCGCACACCGCGAGGGAGACACUUAUUGGUUUUGUCCUGAUCGCAUGUGCUCAGAUAUUCACUGCCACCCAGUUUGUAGUCGAAGAGUCCAUCAUGGAGAGGUAUUCCAUGGACCCCAUCAGGGUCGUAGGCUGGGAAGGCGUCUUUGGAUUCCUCGUGACAUUGCUCGGUAUGGGAAUACUGCAUGCCCUCGUCGGUAGAACAGACGCGGGGAGAGGCGGGUACUUUGAUGCUCGGGAAGGCUUCUACGAGGUGUUUCACUACAGAGCUAUUGGCUUGACAUCGAUUCUCAUUAUGAUCUCCAUCGGAGGCUUCAAUUUCUUCGGCUUGUCUGUGACACGCGUCAUCUCUGCAACAUCACGAUCCACGAUAGACACAUGCCGCACGCUGUUCAUUUGGCUCGUUAGCCUCGGACUCGGCUGGGAAACAUUCAAAUGGUUGCAAGUACUGGGCUUCGCCUUGCUCGUUUAUGGAACCGCUGUGUUCAAUGAGAUAGUACAACCUCCGACUAUUUCCUUCCUCCGACGAAAGCGAGCCGUAGCUCUGGGCAAUUGAUGAAGCCCCUCCAGACGGAUAGACUUGUGUGUCUACCGCGUCUCAAUGGUGUGCGCUUUAAUAUAUUCUCUAUGAAGCAGAUCGCAUAGACCUCCACCGAUGACAACGUCAAUUGGCGCCCAGUACCGAGCACCCACCUUCCACGUCAGUCUAAAGAUCCAACUUACGGCCCCUAUACAGGCACCAACGUCCACGUGUUUCCUGACUUCCGCUUCAUCGCGGUAGUAGAGCUCUCUUUCGUGACACCAGCGAGGGAUGAAGGUGCGAUAUUCAAUUUGCGCAGCUUGCGCCACCAAUAUUAAGGGCACGACCAUGCACGCUCUGUGCAUUGCAGUCAUGGUCUUUGCAUUGCGAAAAAUAGAGGCACGUGCGGUGAAGCCAAAGUGGUGAAUUUGCGAGACAUGUCGGAGGCCGCCUGCGCCCGCAAUGAAGGGAGCGGCAUCGACCAGCGUGGCCUCGGCGUCUGUACGCUGCAGGAAUGCGGGAAGGUUGUGGUGGUGGAUAUAUUUAUUGGGAUCUUGUCCGAUUUGCGGAUGCCACCGGUUAUCCUGCGGUGUUUUGAGAUUCCAGAAGAAGAGGUAUUGCAGAAUUG